AUGUCUACUGUUAAUUUCACAUCAGAGCAAGAGAAAGUGGCUUUGGAAGUGUUAUCGAAAGAGAAACAUGCUUUUUACGACAUUCUGAAUGUUCAAAAAAGUGCUGAUAGUGUAGAGAUCAAAAAAUCAUAUAGAAAACUUGCUAUUAAGUUACAUCCCGAUAAGAAUCCUCAUCCAAAAGCAGGCGAAGCAUUUAAAGUAAUCAAUAGAGCUUUUGAAGUCCUGAGCGAUGAUGAAAAGAGAAGUGUUUUUGAUAGAAUAGGUAGAGACCCUGACGAUAGAACUGUGCCGGGCGGUGGUGCAGGUGCCGGCAGUGGUAGUGGAUUCGAGGAUAUGUUUUUCCGAGGUAAUGGAGGUCAUCCUUUCCAACGUCAUCCAGGAAACGCAAUGCCACCAGAGGAUAUAUUCGAUUUUUUGUUUAAUAUGAAUGGAGGAGGCAGUCCAUUUGGCGCACCAUUUGGUGGCGGUGCCACUACUUUCACAUUUGGCGGACCAGGUGGCUUUAAAGUUUAUACAAACGGUGGUGGAAAUGGCAAUCCAUUUUUCCAACCGAAUCGUAGCCAUCAGAGAAGAAGAGCUGCUCAACAACCACAAAAUGGAGAUCCAGCUGAGAGAAACGAUGUUUACGAUACUUUCCGUGUCAUACUUCCAUUUUUGGUUCUAUUCCUUGUGCCUUUACUAGAGAGAUUACUGUUUGGUUAG